AUGCCCCUCAAUCCGGAUAUCGUGGACGCCGCAGGUCUUGUCUCGGCCCCAGACCCCUUCGCCUUUCCUGCGCUUGAAAGUCUUGUGCUUGGGGCGGAAGUCGGUAUCCGCGUCCUUUCGAAACUUCUCCCGUAUGUUCGGAGCAUGAAACAUCUCUGCGUGGGCCUCCCUCGCUCUUUAAAGGCUGUUCCCAUGACUAUGCCCGUUGAAGCGAACCCGGGUGCUACUAACACCACCUUCACCUUCACACUACAAGACCUCUCCACCCACCUACCAAACCUUCGGACCCUAAAUCUAAAAUUCCACACACGGACCGAAAUUCACCUACCAGAACUCCUCUCUUUAGCACUCUUCACCGAACUCGAAGAGCUUCGCCUAACAUCCUCACUCCCGUACUUCCGCAUCCCAAAAAUCACAGAUACACAUUUUACCUCGCUCGUCUCUCGCCUCAGACAUCUCCGCGAGUUAUCUCUCUACUGCGCACAAGAGAGCCUUACGACAGAGUCUCUAAUCGCGUUGGGCCAAUCAUGCCGGUCUCUGGUCUUCUGCACGAUUAAGUGCCUGCCACUCGACCUUUCUGCUCUCGAAGACCGGACUGGUACUACUUCUGCCUCGGACAGACCACUAUUUCCAGAAUUGACGGAUUUGUCCGUUCAUCAUCUCCUCCUACCGAAUUCAUCGGGGAACUAUCCAUACUCGUCUCGUCACCGGAUCGAGACGUAUCUCGACAUACCAAAAGAGGAAGAUGGAGAAGAAGAUAUGUUACCGGAUCCGAAUGAUGAGCCGGGACAGAGUUAUGAUUCAGAGAUAGAAUUGAAACCAGACCCCGUCGUCAUUGCAAUCCAAGUCUCUAUACUCACCAUGCACUUCCCGAAAAUGGCUUACCUUGAAUUCUGGCCUGCGGCAGACGUGCACUGGGAGUUCACAGAAGCGGUUAAGACUGCGUGGAUGGAAGAAAAGGGGCGGAGGGUUGAGCGGAUGAGGCUUGCAAGGAUAAGACAAAUGGAUGGCACGCGGAUAUUCCGGGUGCGACGAUGA